AUGUGCCGGUUAAAUCACAGUUCACUAUCAAGGUGGACUCCAAGGUAUUUGACUGCGGGUUUAGAGCUGAUUUCCUGGUUGUGGAUUCGUAUUGGUAUCGUGUUUUUAGGCCUCUUUUCCCGAAUUUUAUCGAUAGAGUUUUGGCCAUGUUUAUUGUCAUAUUCAACUUUUGGAGCCAAGGGAGGGGGACGUAAAUCUGCGUCUGGAGUUUUUCUACUGCAUGCUGUAUGCCCAUGCUGGUUACGAUUAACAUAUGGUAUCGUUGACAAAGAGGUUAGUCCAGAUUUCGGGAGUGGAAUCGUUGUCAUAUUUUAUGAAAUAAUUGGCAAGAUACAUGAUCCUUGGGAAACGCCUGCAACGGUGUUCUUGGUGCUGAGAAGGUGGAACGAGUAUGUACCGUUGGAAAGAAAUUACUGUACCAGUAUGAACAUCGAUGGUGAUACGUUUAGUUGGAGUAAUUUGUGGAGUAGUCCGUCGUGCCACACUUUGUCGAACGUUUUCUCAAAAUCCAGAAAUACUACCGCUACUCUUCCUUCUCAGUUUGUUGUGUAA